AUGAAGAUGAAGUCAUCGUCUUCUUCGAUCUCAUUCAGCUCAAAGACUCAAACUUUCGGCUGUGUCUCUCUGAUUCUUCAAAGAUUUCUCUGUUCCGGUACUUCUACGUACCCAUCUGAUCAAAUCACUGAACCGGGUUUCGAGUCUUCUGAUUUCAGCUCCGAGCCACCCGGAGCCGGAGGAGAUGAGCCAGGAGCUGUGGCCAGGCUCAUGGAUUUGGACUCGAUUCCCGUCAAAACCAGAGUUGUCUCAAGGAGCCGUUCAGUGAAUUGUGUUGAUUAUGUCAACGAUGAGAGAAGAGUUAAGUCCACCAGUCUUGAUUUGUGCCAGUUUCAGGAGUAUGUUGAGCUUGAAGACGAUCAUUUCUUCAUUCUCAGCUUCGAGAAGGACAGAAAUGAGAAAGGUUUUGGUGAAUUGAAGCAGCUGGGAACAAGAGAAUGUAACAAGAGACGAGAAUCAAGAAAGAAUCAGAGCGAAACAGAGAAUCAAACACGCAACGAGGGUAAAGAGAACAACAUCAACAUCACAAACGUUUCACCGGGUCGCGAGAGGCUUGACGUCGGAGAAUUGAAACCGAGUAGGAAGGAGAAACGUAAGAGGAGAAGAAAAAGAAGAGAAAUUAAGUUGAGACAGAACAUCGAGAAGGAGAAUUUGAUCAAGAGAUAUAGUCGUUGGUCCAGAGAUGGAGAUCUUUUAGCCAAUUGUGAAGUGAGAUCAACAAAGGACGAAGAAGAGUGUGGAAGUUGCGAUGAUUCAAGCCCUGUCUCAGUUCUUGAUUACGAUCGGUUCGCUGAUGUUCGAGUAACUCCAGAACCAGAGAACAGUUCAAGAAGACGGUUAUAUUCGGAACUGGAAUCUAGUAAGCGAAACGAAACAAUUCAAGAAGAUCGCAUCUCAAGAGAGUCCGAAGUCCGACUCCAUGACUACCAAGAGAUGUGGCUCAUGAUUUGCAGACUCACUGUAUCUGAGAUCAAAGAGUCGAAAUGGGUUUACGGAAAAGCUUCAAAUCUCGAAGAUUUGGAAGGAAUCAUAAGCGAAGAUAUAGUCUCAAACAUCUUAGAUCAACUCUUAGAAGAAACAAUUACAACACUUUCUCUAACUUCACAAGUGUAA